UAAGUGAUAUAUAUGUAUAUAAGUAACUUUGGUAAGUUAAGAAUAAUUAUUAAAUUUUACAACUCAUGUGGUCAAUAGAAUGGUAAUUGAAUAAACAGAAUUGUAAUUGAAUAAAACUUUGAUAAUUUUGCCAGUAUUUGAUAAGUUAAGUUAAAAUUGUAGGCCUAUAGUAUUUAUUGUUAGAAUUACAGUAAUACAGAAUGGUAUAUUAAACAGAGAUUCCCAUUCCGUUGAGGACCAUGUAUUUUGAGUGUUUUACUGAUUGAGUUUGUUAGUGUGGUGUAUUGCCUUCAUUUUUUUUUUCAAAAAGUACACGAAUGAGUGAAACAUCAAUCUUUGUAAUAAACGUAGAGUACGAUGUGAAUACGAGGGACUAUAUUUCUAUUAUUACACCCUUGUGGUGCAGUUUAUGUACUAACUGUGGCUUUUUGUACAAAUGUACGAGAUGAAGUAAUAGUUCUUGUGAUCAAUAUUAUACUGUUGAUCACAAUGACGAAGGAGUGGUAUAUACAGUGAUAUGAAGUUUAUCCCACUUAUUGUAAGGCUUGUGAACAUUCCAAAAACUAAACUUAGUUAAUGGCAACCGCGGAAUAUCUAGGGGUCGUGGAGGGACCAGAUUCUAUGAGCCUACAAAAUGCAGGGGCGGAUUUAGGGAGGGGCACAGAGUGAGGCACAUGUCGUCCGGUUUUUUGCCAUUGGCAUCUAUUAUAUUCUAAAAGAAAUAAAAAUGCAAAGUGGCAUAUAAAUACUAAAUCUUACAAUACUGUACUUCGUAACAGCAUAUACUGAAUAGGAAUCAUAUGGUGCCAUUAUUUGAUACAGGAAAUUGGGGCCCAUGUUUAAAAAUUCUGAAUCCGACCAAGAAAUUUAUUGCAAAUAAUUUCGCUUUUAAAUUAUAAUCUGAAAUAUUACUUAAUAAAAUUUAAUUUUUAAAUAAAAUUAUUGUAACAGUUAUAAUAAUUGCUGUUUACACACAUUUAAUCUCUAAUUAUUUGAUGCGUCCUUGUAAUCUACAUUUUAUUCUAUAUGGAGGACAAUGAUAUAUUACGUCACGUGAUUUUCACAAUCUCAAAAUUAAAUAAUGAGUAUUGCCAUCUCGGAUUCAUUACAACCGUGCAGUGCAGCAGCAGUGUUGAGUUCUGAUUGUCAUAAAAUUAUUUUGUUUGGUCCAACUGUAAAAUGGAUGAGUUUGCUAGCAUACGAAACGUCACGACGAUCAACGAAUAUAGAGACAAUUUAAUUUUCGUUUUAACUGUUUAUAUACCACUGGCUUUGGUGAUCAUUUGUGGAAACGCGUUUGUUCUUAUUGUUAUUCGCCGAACUCCAACCUUACAUGAGUCUCAAUUUACUUUACUUGCUAGCUUAGCAUUUGUGGACCUGCUCACGGGAAUUAUCGGCAUCCCUAUCUUUAUGUGGGAGUAUGUCACGCGGGAAUCCCUUUACCUACAGAAUAUCGAUGACUGCGAGUUACAAUACAUUCCUAUGAAACUCUUCAUUGGAACGUCAUUUCUCCAUCUUCUCUUUAUUACUGCGGACCGGUACGUUUCCAUAGUGAAACCGUUAAAGUAUGAACAAAUUGUUACUCAAAGCCGUAUUUACUGUGCAAUUGCUAUAUCAUGGAUAACAGCUUGUGGGUAUGUCAGCGUCCCAUUCUUAUGGAAAAGCAAACGAAUUGGGGAAAAAUUUCUUUGCUAUCAAAUGAAUCGAGAGGGUAUUGCAGCUCAACGUUACGUAGUUUUGACAAUGGUCCCAACAGGUGUGAUUUUACUGAUUUUUAUGUACGUCUGUAUUUUCAUGGAGGCAAGAAAGCUAAGUAGCAUCGUACACGCUGAAAAUACAGUUGGCAUAACAGUAGUUCGUAAGAAUUUUAAAGCUGCUAAAACAAGCGCUUUAAUCGUCUGCUUAUUCAUUGUUGCCUAUUUCCCUUAUUCACUCAGAGUUGUUAUCUUUUCACUUGGGUUUCAACGUUCUGAUGUUUACUGGUACGAGCUGAUAACGGAAGUCUCGUUGAGUAUUAGUUCGGCCGUCAAUCCGUUCAUCUACGUGUUUCGUCAUAGGCAAUUCUCAACAGCGCUACGUCACCUUCUGCGGAAAAGAACUGAAUUCUCAAUAAGUACAAUAGUUUCAUUUGAUGGUCGUUAAUACUAAUAUUAAAGUAAGAAACCUCGUAAUCCUCCAGAAACUGUAACACAUCACGACUUCCUUUCCGUUAUUCGUAUGUACCAGUGUGUAGUCUACAGCACUAAGGGUGGAUCGAAGGUUUCAAGUCGCGGGAUACUAGAACAAAUCAUGAGGGGCGCUAAUAAUGGGCGAAAAAAAUGCAUUAUUGCUACUCGCAUUUUAAUACCAGAAUAUACUGGGGAAAAUGGGAUAUCCUCUGACUAAAUGUAGACGCUCUUUAAUUUAUAUAAGCAAGGGUAAUAUAAGUUAUAUAUUUUUAUUUUGUGUAAUAUUUUUUGUGUGAAUAUCAUAAAGGCCUAGAUAUAUAAUGAUGUACUGACUGUUAUAUUCUAAUUUGAGUAAGGAAA